CACUGCAUGUGUCGUAUUUGCUGCACGGAAUACAAGUACCAGAACAAAUCUGAAGGAAAUUCUUGCUGAGAUCAUCCCCAAGGAGCAGUCAAGGAUCCGAGCUUUCAAAAAGCAGCAUGGCAAGACAGUCAUCGGGCAAAUCAACGUUGACAUGGUAUACGGUGGCAUGCGAGGAAUGAAGGGGUUAGUGUAUGAAACGUCGGUGCUGGACCCAGAGGAGGGCAUCCGUUUCCGUGGUUACAGUAUACCCGAGUGUCAGAAGCUUUUACCAAAGGCACCUGGGAGAGAGGAGCCCCUUCCUGAGGGUCUGUUCUGGCUGCUCGUCACAGGAGACAUCCCCACACAGGAGCAGGUCAACUGGGUAUCCAAGGAGUGGGCAAAGCGAGCAGCCCUGCCCUCACAUGUGGUGACAAUGCUAGACAACUUCCCCAACAACCUGCACCCGAUGACCCAGCUCAGUGCGGCCGUCACAGCACUCAACAGCGAGAGCAGCUUCGCCCGUGCCUACUCGGAGGGAGUCAGCAAGGCCAAAUACUGGGAGUUUAUCUAUGAGGAUUCGAUGGAUCUGAUCGCUAAGCUCCCCUGUGUGGCGUCGAAGAUCUACCGGAACCUGUACAGGGAGGGGAGCAGCAUUGGUGCCAUUGAUCCCAAUCUAGACUGGUCCCACAAUUUCACCAACAUGCUGGGUUACUCUGAACCCCAGUUCACAGAGCUCAUGAGACUGUACCUCACCAUCCACAGCGAUCAUGAGGGUGGUAACGUCAGUGCCCACACCAGCCACCUGGUGGGAAGUGCUCUCUCCGACCCCUACCUGUGCUUCGGAGCGGCGAUGAAUGGGUUAGCUGGACCCCUGCACGGCCUCGCAAACCAGGAGGUGCUCUCGUGGCUGACGGACCUGCAGGAAGAGCUGGGUGGAGAGGUGUCUGACGAGAAGCUGCGAGACUUCAUUUGGAACACGCUGAACUCUGGCAGGGUCAUUCCUGGUUACGGCCACGCUGUCCUGCGCAAGACUGAUCCCCGCUACACCUGCCAGAGGGAAUUCGCCCUCAAGCACCUGCCAAACGACCCCAUGUUCAAGCUGGUCGCUCAACUCUACAAGAUUGUCCCCGGGGUGCUGCUCGAUCAGGGCAAAGCCAAGAACCCCUGGCCCAACGUGGAUGCACACAGUGGGGUCCUGCUGCAGUAUUAUGGAAUGAAGGAAAUGAAUUACUACACAGUUCUGUUUGGUGUCUCCCGUGCCCUGGGAGUCCUAUCCCAGCUGAUCUGGAGCCGAGCCCUGGGCUUCCCCUUGGAGAGACCCAAAUCGAUGAGUACGGACGGCCUAAUAGACCUGGUGGAUGCUAAAUCUGGCUAAAACGCCCAGCCCCUCUCCCUGCGCGAGAGAGAGAGCCCACAAAACAGCAUUCACACAAGACCCCAGUGCACACACCAUCAUCUACGCUCCCUCCCUGCAUGGGGAAGCAGGAUAACCUGAUGGAUGAGAUGUAAUUUUUGUUGUCCUUGUGGUGGGUUUAUAUUUUGUUUUUUGUUUUUGGUGGGGUCGGGGGAGAAGUAAAGGCUGGGGGGGAUUUGGGAGAGAAAGUGGACAAACGUUUAUCACCGGAGUGGAGAGGACUUAAUUUAAAUACUGGCGCGAUUUGUUUGUAUUUUUUUUUGUCGUGUUUUUUGUUUAAAGUAUGCGUGCUGUUUGUCUCGCCUCCCAGCUAAGGCAGACAGAAGUACUGACAGAAUACACUCCUUUUCGGGGUGAGGAGGGUGGGGAGCGCAGCAGUUUUCCCCCCCCCCCACCCACUGCCCUCCCCAGUGAACAUUGGCCAGCCCAGACUCUCCUGGAUCUGUCUCUCGCUGCGUCAAGUAAAGGUUCUGAUCAUGUCUCAUGCCUCAGGUUGUUCUGAAUUGACGAGGAAAGAGAGAGAGAGAGAGUGGAAAUAAAUGUUUUUAUUACUGUG